AUGAAACAUGUGCAGAAAAAAAAACGUUUAGCACAAGAAGCACCUGAUAGAAAAAUGCCUGAAUUAAAUUUAACAAAAAUAAUACAAAAUAAAAGUCUAUCAGAAUCAUCAUCAACAGCAUCAAAAACACCUAUAUCACAUAGUGAUUUAACUGAUGAAACUGGUUAUCUUUGUUGGAUUUGUCGUGAAGAUUUAGAAAAAAACGUUCAUAUUCAACUAUAUGAAGGUAAAAGACGAAAAACAUCUGGUUAUGCCAGUGUAACACAUUUUAAUAUAAUAGAUAUUCAAUGUCAUAGAUCAGCUAUUAAACAAGCAUGA